UUAGCAUCAAGGGGAGAGAGUCAUGUGGAGCUGGAAGAGCUCAUUUUGAAGAGAGGGGGCCCGGGAAGUACCCUCCAAGUCCCAGAGGCGCCGCGGUCACCCCGCGGGGCCCUGCCCAGACUUGCUGGAAGAAAUAAGUCUCGUGCCUAGUUAGUCGGUCCCCGUCACAGGAAGAGACGCCUUUGCAGCGGGUUGCAUUGCUUCUGGGCUGCCAGAAUUCCCCGCCGGAAAACUCGGUGGUGCGAACUUUGCCUCCUGCUACCGGGUUGCCGAGCUGAGCCGAGCCGAGCCGAGCCGGGCUGGGAAAGUUUCUGGACCUGUCAGCCGCGCGGCCCGUCGCCACCGAGAGCCGAGGUGCGGGCGCCUGCCGGGGGCCCCCGCCGGGUCGGAGGCCGGGGCCGCUUGGGAUGCGGCGCGGAGGCGCGACUCGGUGGUGACGCGGCGGGCGGGGACCGGCGCCGGGGACCGGGCGCGCACGGCUGCGGGGCCAGGGCGCCCCGGGGACCCGGCCAUGGAGGAGGACGCGGGAGCCGCCGGCGCGGCGCCCGAGCCCGAAGCCGAGCCCGCGCCGGAGCCUGAGGCGGGCGCUGGUCUGUCCGAGGCGUUCUCCCGGCUCUGGACCGACGUGAUGGGCAUCCUGGACGGCUCCCUGGGAAACAUCGAUGACCUGGCGCAACAGUAUGCAGAUUAUUACAAUACGUGUUUCUCCGACGUGUGCGAGAGGAUGGAGGAGCUGCGGAAACGGCGGGUUUCCCAGGACCUGGAUGUGGAGAAACCCGAAGCCAGCCCAACGUCACUUCAGCUGCGGUCCCAGAUCGAAGAGUCACUGGGCUUCAGUAGCACCGUGUCAACACCAGAAGUGGAAAGAAAGAAUCCUCUUCAUAAGUCGCACUCGGAAGACAGCUCUGUGGGAAAAGGAGAUUGGAAGAAGAAAAAUAAGUAUUUCUGGCAGAACUUCCGAAAGAAUCAGAAAGGAAUAAUGAGACAGACUUCAAAAGGAGAAGAUGUGGGUUAUGUUGCCAGCGAGAUAACGAUGAGCGAUGAGGAACGGAUUCAGCUGAUGAUGAUGGUCAAGGAAAAGAUGAUCAGCAUCGAAGAAGCGCUUGCUAGGCUCAAGGAGUAUGAGGCCCAGCACCGGCAGUCAGCUGCCUUGGACCCUGCUGACUGGCCAGACGGUUCUUACCCACCAUUCGAGGGCUCAUCAAACUGCAAUUCAAGAGAACAGUCGGAUGAUGAGACGGAAGAGUCGGUGAAGUUUAAGAGGUUACACAAGCUGGUAAACUCCACUCGCAGAGUGAGAAAGAAACUAAUCAGGGUGGAAGAAAUGAAGAAGCCCAGCCCUGAAGGCGGGGAGGAACAGGUGUUUGAGAAUUCCCCGGUCCCGGAUGAAAGGUCUGCCCUGUACUCUGGAGUGCACAAGAAGCCAUUUUUCUUCGAUGCCUCUCCUGAGAAACCUCCAGAAGAUGAUUCAGACUCUCUCACCACUUCUCCAUCAUCCAGCAGCCUGGACACCUGGGGUGCCGGCCGGAAGCUGGUCAAAACCUUCAGCAAAGGAGAGAGCCGGGGCCUGAUCAAGCCCCCCAAGAAGAUGGGGACGUUCUUCUCCUACCCGGAAGACGACAAGGCCCAGAAGGUGUCCCGCUCCCUCACCGAGGGGGAGAUGAAGAAGGGUCUCGGGUCCCUGAGCCACGGGAGAACCUGCAGUUUUGGAGGAUUUGACUUGACAAAUCGUUCUCUGCACAUUGGCAGUAAUAAUUCUGACCCAUUGGGUAAAGAAGGAGAUUUUGUGUAUAAAGAAGUAAUCAAAUCACCUACCGCCUCUCGAAUCUCUCUUGGAAAAAAGGUGAAAUCAGUGAAAGAGACAAUGAGGAAGAGAAUGUCUAAAAAAUACAGCAGCUCUGUCUCUGAGCAGGAUUCAGGCCUUGAUGGAAUGCCGGGCUCGCCUCCGUCCUCUCAGCCUGACAGCGAACACAUGGACAAGCCCAAGCUCAAAGCCGGAGGUUCUGUGGAGAGUCUGCGGAGUUCUCUGAGCGGUCAAAGCUCAAUGAGUGGUCAAACAGUGAGCACCACCGAUUCCUCGACCAGCAACAGGGAGAGUGUUAAGUCGGAAGACGGUGAUGACGAGGAGCCCCCGUACCGGGGCCCAUUCUGUGGGCGCGCCAGGGUGCACACCGACUUCACGCCCAGCCCCUAUGACACAGACUCACUCAAGCUCAAGAAAGGAGACAUCAUUGACAUAAUCAGCAAACCCCCCAUGGGCACCUGGAUGGGCCUGCUGAACAACAAGGUGGGCACAUUCAAAUUCAUCUACGUGGACGUGCUCAACGAGGAAGAGGAGAAGCCCAAGCGCCCCACCAGGAGGAGGAGGAAAGGAAGACCGCCCCAGCCCAAGUCAGUGGAGGAUCUCCUGGAUCGCAUCAACCUCAAAGAGCACAUGCCCACUUUCCUGUUCAAUGGAUAUGAAGACUUGGACACCUUUAAGCUCCUGGAGGAGGAAGAUUUGGACGAGUUAAAUAUCCGGGACCCAGAGCACAGAGCUGUUCUCUUGACAGCCGUGGAGCUGUUACAGGAAUAUGACAGUAACAGCGACCAGUCCGGAUCCCAGGAGAAGCUGCUUGUUGACAGCCAGGGCUUGAGUGGAUGCUCUCCACGAGACUCGGGAUGCUAUGAAAGCAGCGAGAACUUGGAAAACGGCAAGUCUCGGAAAACCAGCCCCUCUGCCAGAUCUUCAGCCGAGUCCAGCGUGAAGUCUUUCAACAGGAAUCACCUGGGCAGCUACCCAACCUUGCCUCUAACGAAGCCAGUAGACGCGCUGAAGCCGGGAGGGGAGGGGAGGCUGGGCAGUGGUCUCACCCCUCACACCUCCAAGCACUGUGAUCCCCCGUGUGUGACCGACUUGAAUAAAAACCGAAGGAGCCUCCCCGUUUCCAUCUGCCGGAGCUGUGAGACCCUAGAGGGCCCCCAGACCGUGGAGACUUGGCCCCGAUCCCACUCCUUGGACGACCUUCAAGGAGAACCUGAAAAAGAUGUGCCUGGUGAGGUGACAGAACCUUCCCCUCAGAUUGUACCCAAAGUGCCACAAAAGACAGCGCCCUCCAUCACAAAGGUUCAAAGCCCCAACCUGGAUUCUGCUGUUGACAAUGCACUGCUACUGACCCAAAGCAAGAGAUUUUCUGAACCUCAGAAAACGACUACUAAGAAACUGGAUGGCCCGAUGGCUGCCUUUUCACAGGGCACGUCCCCUCCUCAGUGUUUACCCAAAACCUAUGACACCCAACCGCCCGCCGUUAAACACGGUUUAACAAGGACGCCUCUUGAGGGUCACAGGAAAGGACUCGAUUUCGAAGGGACACAUCACCCCCCGGGCACCAAAGAAGGUGUGGAUGCUGAGCAGAGGGGCCCCGAGGCCAGAUCGCAGGCCAGACCUCCCGCCCAGCCUCCCCCCGUCCCCGCCAAGAAGAGCAGGGAGCGCCUCGCCAACGGGCUGCCUCCUGUCCCUCCCGGCCCGCCCAGCGCCCCUGGCCCCGAUGCACCCAGCCUGCCCCUUAAAAAGGGCAGCCCCGGCGGCCCCAGCGACUGUCCCCCGCCGCCAGUGGCCAGGCCUCCCCCAGUGCCGGAGCCGGGCAGCCCGCCGAGCGCCAGGCCUCCACCCUGGCUGUCGGAGCUGCCUGAGAGUGCCAGCCUCCAGGAGCACGGCGUGCGGCUUGGCCCUGCCCUGGCCAGGAAGGUCUCCUGCACCCGCGGGGUGGACCUGGAGAUGCUCACCGAGAAGAAGCUGCGGGCCGAAGGCAUCGAUCUCACCGAGGAGCCCUAUUCCGAUAAGCACGGCCGCUGUGGGAUUCCUGAGGCCCUGGUACAGAGAUAUGCGGAAGACUUAGAUCAGCCCGAGAGGGACGUUGCCACCAACAUGGACCAGAUCCGCGUGAAGCUGCUUCGGAAGCAGCACCGCAUGGCGAUCCCAAGCGGUGGACUCACAGAAAUCUGUAGGAAGCCCCUAUCUCCCGGAUGCGUUUCAUCCGUGUCGGAUUGGCUGGUUUCCAUCGGUCUACCCAUGUACGCCAGUGCCCUCACUGAAGCGGGCUUCAGCACGCUGGGCCAAGUGCCUUCUCUGUCCCACACUUGCCUUCAGGAGGCUGGCAUCACAGAGGAGAGACACAUAAGUAAGCUCGUGUCUGCAGCCAGACUCUUCAAACUGCCACCAGGCCCCGAGGCCAUGUAGUCAGGCCCGAAAUGGACCUCCCUGGACAAGAACCACCCAUUCACUGUGUUUAUGAUGCUGAUGCAAUUCCUCCUUGGCUGGACAUGCAGACCAGACCCAGAAGAAAGGCCCAGUGUGUGGCCAGCAGAACUCGGAAUCUUGGCACGGGACUCUCUUCUCCAGAAAAGCCCCCUCCAGGAAAUUGGUGUGGUUCUCUUUGACCCCCAAAGAAAAGACAAGCACUUAUUUUUGUUUUCAGGACACAAUAGAACAAAGAUGCCAACUUGCCACAAAUGCUCUGCCUGCAGUCUGUCUUGGUGCACUGGGUGAGGGCAGGGGGCAGAGGGAGGGGCAGCCUGUCCUGUUUAUAAGCGUGCUUCUAGCCCUUCUGUCUGUCACCCUGCAGGGUUCCCGAGGCCUAGAUGGGCUUUAGCCAGGCCAAAGUAACAGACUCGGGAGUGAUUGUACACUAUUGACCAGGCUCAUUUGUUCAAAAAUAAGAAAAUCUGGCUGCACUAGGAAAAAAAAAAGCCCUAUUCUCCUUUAGAUAAACAAGAGACAUUUUAAUAAUUGCUUUCUAGCAAUCAGCUUUUAUUUGCCUUAAUGUAAGCUUUUAAGCAGUUAUCUAACUUAGUGUUCACUACCAUGUAACCAUAGCUCCAAAUCUUCAUCUUAGACUGCCAUCUAACGGAUCUGGGAUGUUUCCAGCAGAAAUGGGCUUUUCUAAUUGUCUCUCUCUAACAUGGCUUAUUUUAUAGGGGUGUUUAUCAGGCCAAAUUUCAUGUUGACUUUCAGUUUUUAAACUAACUACAAAUCUGGUAAAAGGCGCUCUUAAAUUCACAAAGAUAUCACGUGUGAGAGUAUAUGUGUGUGUUUGAGGUUACGAUCUUUCAUUUUAAUCAGUUUAGUGUUGUUACCACGUUGGUCAUUGUGCUGCAGUAUUGACUUGGAAUCUUGACUGUGUCCAUUCCAAAAUUCAGUCAUUAGCUAACAGAUCACCUUUGCAAAAGGUCAUUGUAAGUUGAACAUUUAAGGAGGUUGUUUUUUAAAAGGGAAGUAGUUUAUAAGAUAUUUUAAAAGUUUUUUUUUUGGUUUUAUAAUUAAAAUACUAUCUUCCAUCUUUUCUUAUUUAGAUAAUUCACUUAAAUAUAAUAAAGGUUCAUUUUGGAGCCAAGCUACAUUGGCCAUGUAUUAAGUAGUUGCAUAUUUUCAGUUGUCUUCUGACCGAUUUCAGCAUUCUCUUUUAGUCUAGUGGCUGAUUCCCUAGCAAACAGAAAUUAUUGUUUCCAAUUGCUUACAAAGUGAUUUUCCUUUACAUUCUUAUCGUGAACCCUAUUUUAAGCACUGGGUGUGAUCAUUUACAAUAGAAAUGUUUGGAGCCUUGAUUUAAAAGUUCUGUAAUAUUUCAUCUACUCAUUAAAACAGAUGAUAUCCCUCAGGGGAGGGAGGAAAAAGGUGAUUUCAUUAAUUACAAAACCAUUUUACCAUUUGCUUUAUAUAUCUGGAUCCGUUUCUGAGGAAAAGGACAUUCUCAGGUGACAUAUUUUUUUCAUGCUUUUGGUAUGCAUUUGAAAGAAUAAUAUAUAUUUCUUCAAUAAUAGUCACCUUCUAUAAGAUGCCAUGUAAGAAGUUGUGGAAAUGUAGAAAAAAAGCUAAAGUUGCCAAAUUUCUGUUGAACUCUUCAAAACAGCCCAUUUUUGUCAUCUGGGGUAUGACAUUCCUGUGGGCUGUGACAUUCCAUUUAGAAGGUAAUGAGGCUGCAGGGCUCUCCUAUGUCACUGGAAGGAAUUUCAGGUGUGUGGUGAGGUAGGCACUGUAAAACGGGCUCCUCGCCCUGCGUUUUCAGUCCCUCAGCAUGACAUCCGAGAGCGCCUGCUCAUAGCUUAAGCUGAGCUAAAAGACCACGCAUAAAGUCAGGUAAUAGGUAACAAAGGAGAAGGGGAAAGUGUUAGUUCAUUUUCACGGUAAGAUUUUCACUUAAUGUCAAAGUGGUAUCAGAAAAGGGAGCCUUCUGAAUAUGAGUUUCCGAGAAUGCCAAACUGUAUCUUUUUCAUUCUUCUUUGGAAAUCAUUGCCUUUGCAUAGAAGUGAAAUUCAGGGACCAUGAAUCAUUUUCAGUGGGAAGGGCUUCCUAGUCUGUGGGAUCUGAGGUUAUUUUUACUUUAUUGUGCUUUUUAAAAAAGAAAUUUUUGUUUUUGUUUUUUUUUUACUUUUAGUAUUCGUUUGGUCUUCUUUUGCUUUAAACUUUUAAUUUGAUCUUAGAAAAGCCUGAAUGUGUGUGUGUGAUGUUUGACCGAGGUGGUUUGGGGCCUCCUGUGGAUACCAGAAGGCAGGUGGUCAGCUUCAGC